AUGGCUCUCACACAGUUAAACAACUCCACUUGCUCAAAAACUCAACUUCACUCAUCAUCACAGCACUCAUUUCUCUCUAGGACUAGGACUCUUCCUAGGCACUAUCACUCUACUUUUGCUCCACUUCACAGAACUCAACAUGCUACAAUUUCUUGUUCUGUUGCACCAAAUCAAGUGCAGGUUCCAGCUGCACAAACACAGGACCCCAAGGGUAAGCCUGAUUGCUAUGGUGUCUUCUGCCUUACCUAUGAUUUGAAGGCUGAAGAGGAGACAAAAUCGUGGAAGAAAUUAAUUAACAUUGCUGUCUCAGGUGCUGCUGGAAUGAUUUCCAAUCAUCUACUUUUCAAGCUUGCAUCCGGUGAAGUUUUCGGUCCAGAUCAACCUAUUGCGCUGAAAUUAUUAGGAUCAGAAAGGUCAAUCCAAGCUCUUGAAGGUGUUGCGAUGGAAUUGGAGGACUCUUUGUUUCCUUUGCUGAGGGAGGUUGUUAUCAGCAUUGAUCCUUAUGAGGUCUUCCAAGAUGCAGAAUGGGCUUUGCUAAUAGGCGCAAAGCCUCGAGGACCAGGAGUGGAGCGUGCAGCUUUGCUAGACAUAAAUGGACAGAUUUUUGCGGAGCAGGGAAAAGCACUUAAUGCUGUCGCCUCGCGUAAUGCCAAAGUUAUAGUUGUGGGAAACCCUUGCAAUACAAAUGCAUUAAUAUGUUUGAAGAAUGCUCCAAAUAUUCCAGCAAAAAACUUUCAUGCUUUAACCCGUUUAGAUGAAAACAGGGCAAAAUGUCAGCUAGCCCUCAAGGCAGGUGUCUUCUACGAUAAAGUGUCGAAUAUGACGAUAUGGGGCAACCACUCAACUACUCAGGUCCCCGACUUCUUAAAUGCCAGAAUCGAUGGUCUGCCCGUCAAAGAAGUGAUUAAGGAUAAUAAGUGGUUAGAAGAAGAGUUCACUGAAAAGGUUCAAAAGAGAGGUGGUGUGCUUAUUCAAAAAUGGGGAAGAUCGUCUGCUGCAUCAACUUCAGUGUCGAUAGUUGAUGCCAUACGAUCUUUGAUCACUCCUACUCCCGAGGGUGACUGGUUUUCUUCUGGUGUAUAUACCAAUGGGAAUCCUUAUGGAAUAGCUGAAGAUAUUGUUUUCAGCAUGCCAUGUCGAUCAAAGGGAGACGGUGAUUAUGAGCUUGUCAAGGAUGUUAUAUUUGAUGACUACCUAAGACAGAAAUUAGCCAAAACCGAAGCUGAGUUAUUGGCCGAGAAAAAAUGUGUGGCUCACCUAACAGGCGAGGGCAUUGCUGUUUGUGAUCUUCCUGGUGAUACCAUGCUUCCAGGAGAAAUGUAA